AUGAACCAUUCCGUGUCCACUCUUAUUUCUCUUUUCUUUAUCCUCGGCGCCCAUGUUGCGCCAGCGCUAGCCAUGGGCGGUUGUCUUUCUGCUCCGCGAGACCCUAAUGACGUCCCUCCCGUUCCUCAGCCAUGGACCCAAUGCAAGAAUAGGCCUAAAAAGUGGGCUUGCGAAAGCAAAAAAAUUGACUUCCCUACCGUUGAAUGUCUCAAAAAAGACAUGGAAACCUGCGGCAACGUCGGCACAGGCCCAACUAUAUUCUACUCCUUUGGUGCUGAAACGAUCGAAGUCCGGAAACCUGUCCGGGAUACGAAGAACCCCAAGGGCGUGAUGUGGAACGACGCCUUGGAUGCUAGUUACACAGAGAUGUUGGCGAAACGAAAAAACACAUUCAAGCUUGAUAGACCAGAACGACAGAAAGUCUAUAAUGCCCGAUAUGCAGAGGCGCUUGCAUCGCUAUCCAAGGGUGAGGUCUUCUUUGGGGUGCUCCAUUACAACGGCAAAUACGGGGGGCACGGUGCCUAUCAGAAUGUUAGGACAGGUGAAAGUCCCGAAGACAACACUUGGAUCCAAUAUGAAUUCCCAACUUUGCAACACAAAAGUCGGGCUACAAAAGUCACCACUUUUGCCAUUAGUGACGGAUCGUACCACGUCGACUGGGAACGUGGAGUGAAGGGUGAUCUUAAACCUUAUCAUGAUGCCAGCAAACUCGCUGUCCCUGUUGUCAAGAGAAGUGAUGAAUCUAACACUUGCGCGUUGGACAACAACCCCAAGGAUUACGAGAAGGAUGAGGAAGAAUGCGAAGAAUAA